UACACAAAAUCCAAGAUGGACGGCUCCAGUGGAGCUGGCGGAGCUGGGCGAGGAAGAGGUGGUUUACCAAAAUUGAGGGAGUUACUCCGUCGGCAGCGAAGAGAUUCAGAGACCAACAGUGAGUCGCCAGACCUGGAGUUUAUAUAUGAUGAUGCUGAUAAAUACAAUUUGGAAAUAUCAGAACUUUACAGCUAUACAGAAGAAAGUGAGUUUUAUCAAAACAGAAAAUGCUUCGAGGAAUAUUUGGAAAGAAUCACAAAACAGAAGUGGACAGACCUGAAUGAGGCUGCCAGAAAGAUGCACAUCCUGAGGCUCCUAGACACAAUAGAGGUCUCCAACAGGCAGGCCAGGAUGGAGGCUGUCAGGUCUCUACUCUACUUGCUACAGGGCUUCUUUGGUGAAUGUGAUCAUGAAGAAGAUCAGGCUUACUGGUGCCGCUAUCAUGUGUUCUUGCUGUACACCUGUGGAGCAUUCCAAGCCCUUAUUGAGCUGCUUAACAUGGAGAUGGAGAAUGGUCUAGCUGCCUCUGUUGCUUUAAGGAAACCAGCUGUGUCUCUUGCUGACAGUACGGAUCUUAGAGUUAUCCUGAAUGCUCUUUACAUCAUGAUAGAGACCAUGCGGAUUGAUGAUGAAAAUGAUUCAGAUGAAAAAAAGCAGCUACAAACUAAUUUCAAAUUGGAACUUGGUCAGCCGGUCAGUGGGGAGGACCCUCUGGCCAUUGUCCUCUUUAAUAUGGUCACCAAGUUCUGCAGUGGCAGUGCCCCACAUUUCCCCAUGAAAAAAGUCCUCUUGGUUUUGUGGAAAUCUGUACUGACAUCUCUUGGUGGGUUAGAUGAAGUACACGACAUGAAGAACAAAAAACGCGCAGAUGAAAACCUUCCUCCUCUGACUGAAAACACUCAUGCUGUGUGCCGUCACAUGAGGGCCGCCUCACCUCCCGCCUCUGCUGCAGAUCUCAUAGAACAGCAACUGCCUAAAAGGAAUUAUAGAGGAAAUAAUAAUAAAAAGGGUCUAGUAAAACAGAGCAGCAUGGAGGAUCCAUUUGAAAGUAUGGAUGACGAGAUCACUAGGGAAAUAGAGGCUAGUAAGGAGGGGAGUGAAGAUGACCCUAUCCAACCCCCCUCACCACGCCCAGAGACCCCAAGACCUGAGACCCCGCCCAUACCUACCAGUAAGGGGUUGCCAUGGAUACCUAAAGUCAGACAAAAAGACCUGGAAUUGUUCUUGGAGCACACCAGGGCCAAGUUUGUUGGUCUUACAAUCCGAGGAGAUCUGAACUCUAUGGCUGGGUUACCUCAGCCUAUACAUGAGGGGGUCAAGGUGCUGAAACAGCAUCUGUACACAUCUCUGGCAGAAAUACAGAUAAAAAGAGAAGAAGAAAUAUCCAGAAAUCCUCUGUCUAUGCCGGAAACAAAUGUUCCAGUGACACCAGCAGAGAUUUUGUACCAGGCAAUGCUGCCCAACUUACCCCAGUACAUGAUUGCACUAUUGAAAAUCCUCUUGGCGGCAGCACCUACUUCAAAAGCCAAGACAGACUCAAUCAACAUCUUGGCUGAUGUUUUACCAGAGGAGAUGCCGACCACAGUUCUUCAGUCUAUGAAACUGGGGAUAGAUGUGAACAGGCACAAGGAAGUCAUUGUCAAGGCCAUCUCUGGACUGCUACUCUUACUACUGAAGCAUUUUAAACUGAAUCACAUUUAUCAGUUUGAGUACAUGAGUCAACACUUGGUGUUUGCCAACUGCAUACCCCUGGUGCUGAAGUUCUUCAAUCAAAAUAUUAUGUCAUAUGUUGGAGCUAAAAACAACAUCCCACUGUUAGAUUUCCCAGUGUGUGUGAUUGGUGACCAACCUGAGCUCACAGCAGAGAGCCUGGAGGCAGGUGAUGAUCUGCAGUUUUGUUGGAGGAAUCUCUUCUCAUGUAUCAACCUCCUACGAAUUCUGAACAAGCUGACAAAAUGGAAGCAUUCAAGAACAAUGAUGCUGGUGGUUUUCAAAUCUGCCCCAAUUUUGAAGAGAUCAUUGAAGGUGAAGCAUGCUAUGAUGCAGCUCUAUGUGUUGAAGCUACUUAAAAUGCAGACAAAAUAUCUGGGAAGGCAGUGGAGAAAAAGUAACAUGAAAACGAUGUCUGCUAUCUACCAGAAAGUGCGACAUCGUCUUAAUGAUGAUUGGGCUUAUGGGAAUGACAUGGAUGCCAGACCUUGGGACUUCCAAGCGGAGGAGUGUGCCCUAAGAUCUUGUGUUGAACGCUUCAACAACCGUCGCUACGCCACCAAUGGCACCGACCCAGAGUUCAAGCCAGUGGAUAACUGUAUUACCAGCGUGUUAGGGCAGCACAUGGACCUUCCACAGGAGUUUAAGGAGAAUUAUGAAAGAUGGGUGGAGAGAGAGGUGUACUCCACUCAGAUUGACUGGGACCAGCUUCUAAAACAUUGAUGAUGUUGAUGGACUUGGAAAUAUUUCAUCAGUUUGAAAGAGGAUAAGGAAGGCUGAUCCAGGGCAUGCAUCUCCUAUGCCCCCUCAUCCCCCCCUCAACCCCCCCCCCCCAGCUUUGUAUGUACCCCCUUCUCUCUCAGAAAGAAAAAACCAAAACAGCAUAAUGAGUGAAAUGUAACGAAACAAAACUGAACAAUUGUUUCAUCUCUGUACCCAGCACAUGAUAGAAAAAUUGAUCUCGUCACCUGUUUGGUAUUUGCAUAGCAAAAUUAUUUUAUUCCCCACCCCACCCCCACUUUAUAUAUGAAGGUUCCCCACUUUACUCACUAGUUAUGCUUGGCUAUAAGCAAAUGAAGCUUGUGGAGCGCAAUGUUUUACAGGUAUAAAUAGAGUACCCGACCCCCUCCCCAUCUCCACCAGUGGAUAACUUUUGCAUUAAAUUUUGUAAACCCAUCAUUAGCAGGGGCGGAUUUAGGCUGUCUUCUGGGUCUUCUGGAAGACAGUC